AUGGGACUCAAAGACAGCCUAGGCGGUAUCAAUAUCACACGGAGAAAGAUUUUACGUGAGCCAAUCUCAUCCCUAGGCUUGGUUAUCAGCACAUCAAGAAUAGUGGAAGUUGAUGAAAAAUCAGGUCAGGUAGUGGAUGAGAUAUCUUCUGAUAAUGGUGAGUCACAUGCCAAACCAGCAACUCUAGAGAGAGGCUUAAAAUCAAGACAUGCGCAAUUAAUUGCCAUAGGUGGUGCUGUUGGUACCGGGUUGUUUGUUGGUUCAGGUGCUGUGUUGGUCACUUGCGGACCAGCUUCACUUUUCCUUUCCUAUGUGAUAAUGUCAACAGUAGUUUACUUCGUUUUGCAAAUGUUGGCGGAAAUGACGAUUUUCUUGCCAUUGCCAGGAAAUGGUCCAUUGGCUUUCAUUAAUGAUUUCUUGUCCCCAUCAUUUGGUUUUGCUUUAGGAUGGAAUUAUUGGUAUGCUUUUAGUGUGUUGGUGGGGGCUGAAGUCACUGCAGCUGCUGUGGUUGUUGAAUACUGGACAAAGUCAGUAAGCACGGCCGUGUGGAUCACCAUCUUAUUAGCACUAAUUAUUUUCAUGAAUAUGACAUCGGUCAAGUUCUUUGGUGAAGCUGAGUUUUGGUUUGCGUCUUUGAAAUUGAUUGCGUUGCUUGGGUUGAUUAUUUUGAGUAUUGUGUUGUUCUUUGGUGGAGGACCAAACCAUGACAGAUUGGGGUUCAGGUACUGGAAACAUUCACCAUUCAAAGAGCAUCUAACCGGUGGGUCAACGGGUAGGUUUCUAAGUUUGUGGACAGCCAUAAUCAAGUCGGGGUUUUCAUAUAUUACAUCACCAGAAGUUGUUUCAACCACAAUGGGAGAAACUGUAGCACCCAGAGCAAAUGGCGCCAAGGCCGCUCGUCGAUUCAUAUACCGUUUGAUAUUUUUUUACGUUUUAGGGUCAUUAAGCAUUGGUGUUAUUGUUAGUUCAAAUGAUAAAAAGUUGUUUGGUGGUGCUUCGGAUUCAUCGGGAAGUCCAUUCACAAUAGCCAUUCAAAAUGCUGGUAUAAAGGGGCUAAAUCAUGUUAUAAAUGUAGCCAUUUUGAUUUCAGCCGAAUCGGCAGGCAACUCAUUCUUGUACUCGGCAUCCAGAGCAUUGUUUUCCAUGGGUCAAGUUGGCAAUGCUCCUCGGUUCUUUGCUAGAGUUAAUCGCUUUGGUAUACCAAUUUACAGUGUUGCUGCUUCUUCAUUGUUUGGAUUUUUGUCAUACUUGAAUGUGUCAUCUGCUUCAGCCAAUGUCUUUAGCUGGCUCUCAAAUAUUUCAACAAUUUCAGGAUUUAUUGGAUGGCUAGCAAUUGGGUUUGCUUAUCUCCGAUGGAGAAAAGCAAUCAAGUUCCAUGGUCUUUCAGAUCGUGUUCCAUAUAGAUCGUACUUGGAACCUUAUGGUGCAUACUACGUUAUAUUUAUGAUGUCAAUAAUUACAAUCACCAAUGGAUAUGCCGUGUUUUUUGAUUUCAAUGGUGCUGAUUUUGUUGCUGCUUAUAUAACCCUUCCUAUAGUGGUUGUAUUGUAUUUCGGACACUGGUUCUAUGAACGGUUCUACAAAAAGAACAAGCUUUGGUUGAUUCCAAUUGAGAAUAUUGAUUUGAUAACCAACUUGGAUUUGAUUGAAGAAGAAGAGCAAAGCUAUGAACCGCGAGUGCCCAAGAACUUCUUACAAAGAUUUUGGUUCUGGUUAGCCUAA